AGUUUCGGGGGCGGGACCGACAAGCGUUUCCGGGGGCGGGAGGUGCAGACUGGGGCGGUCGCGGCUGCGACGGCUUGAACGGGCCUGGCGCCGGCGGCGGAAAGUAUCCUACUUGCAGGCUAUGUGAGCGCCAAGUCCUUGGCAGCACCGAACGAGAUUUGUGAUGAAAUGGAGCCUGGAACAAACUCUUUUCGAGUAGAAUUUCCUGAUUUUUCCAGCACCAUUCUGCAGAAACUAAACCAGCAGCGCCAGCAGGGACAAUUAUGUGAUGUCUCCAUUGUUGUCCAAGGCCACAUUUUCCGGGCACACAAAGCUGUUCUUGCUGCCAGUUCACCCUACUUCUGUGACCAGGUACUCCUGAAAAACAGCAGGAGGAUUGUUUUGCCUGAUGUGAUGAACCCCAGAGUGUUUGAGAACAUUCUCCUAUCAAGUUACACGGGACGUCUAGUAAUGCCUGCUCCAGAAAUUGUCAGUUACUUAACAGCAGCAAGCUUCCUCCAGAUGUGGCAUGUGGUAGACAAAUGCACUGAGGUUUUAGAGGGAAACCCCACAGUCCUUUGUCAGAAGCUAAAUCAUGGCAGUGACCACCAGUCUCCAAGCAGCAGUAGUUAUAAUGGCCUGGUAGAGAGCUUUGAGCUGGGCUCUGGGGGCCACACCGAUUUCCCCAAAGCCCAGGAACUGAGGGAUGGAGAGAAUGAAGAGGAGAGCACCAAAGAUGAGCUGUCAUCUCAGCUCACCGAGCAUGAAUACCUUCCUAGCAACUCGUCCACAGAGCACGACCGGCUGAGCACUGAAAUGGCGAGCCAGGAUGGGGAGGAGGGGGCCAGCGACAGCGCCGAGUUCCACUACACCCGGCCCAUGUACAGCAAGCCCAGCAUCAUGGCUCACAAACGCUGGAUCCAUGUGAAGCCCGAGCGCUUCGAACAAGCGUGCGAGGGCAUGGAUGUGCACGCGCCCUACGAUGAGCACCAGGUCACAGAGUCCAUCAACACCAUGCAGACAGAGCACUCCGUCCAGCCCUCGGGAGUAGAGGAGGACUUCCACAUCGGGGAGAAAAAGGUGGAAGCGGAGUUUGAUGAACAGGCUGAUGAAAGCAAUUAUGACGAGCAGGUGGACUUCUAUGGCUCUUCCAUGGAAGAGUUCUCCGGAGAGAGGUCAGAUGGGAAUCUGAUUGGGCACAGACAGGAGGCUGCCCUGGCAUCGGGUUACACUGAGAAUAUUGAAAUGGUCACAGGAAUUAAAGAAGAAGCUUCCCACCUGGGAUUCUCAGCCAGCGACAAGCUGUAUCCAUGUCAGUGUGGGAAAAGUUUCACGCACAAGAGUCAGAGAGAUCGACACAUGAGCAUGCACCUUGGCCUUCGGCCUUAUGGCUGUGGUGUCUGUGGUAAGAAAUUCAAAAUGAAGCAUCAUCUCGUGGGCCACAUGAAAAUUCACACAGGCAUCAAGCCAUAUGAGUGUAAUAUCUGUGCAAAGAGAUUUAUGUGGAGGGACAGUUUCCACAGGCAUGUGACUUCUUGUACCAAGUCCUACGAAGCUGCAAAGGCUGAGCAGAAUACGACUGAGGCUAACUAAAAAUAGGAUCUGGUCCUUGAGUGGCAGGCACAAAAAUAAACUAUGGUAAUUAUGCAAAUCUGGGCACAGAUGAUGCGUGCUACUUGCUAUUAUGAGAGAAGCUUAAAAAAAAAAGAAAGAUAUUUCUGAGAGACCAGCUCUAAGUAGGCCAAUUAAAAAAUCUAAUUCUUGAAAUUUGUAUGUUCCAGGCCUGGAGUGGGUAAUGGGGAUACAUUAGCCCCCUCCCCACUUGGCAAGGUAAACCCUCAGGCCUGUUGUGAUCGAGACAGGUGGACUUGGGGAUAAAGACACCUGCACGUGGAACUGGACUCCAACCCACCAGUUCCAUUUCAAGUGGCAGCAAUUUUUGAUCACUCAUUAUUACAAGGUCAUGUUGGAAUUUUAUUUUGCUCUUACUAUAGAUACUUAGGUAAUGUUGGUUUGUUUUGGUAGCUGCUUCACUGAAUGAAAUGCUACUUAUGUAAUAGCUACAAAUAAUGUGAUUCCUAGGAUACGAAGUUGAUUAACAGAGCUCUCUUAGUUGGUUUUAUUCUUCUAAAGGGUAUUUUAACUACAACUAUGGAGAUACUAAGAGGGUGACAUUCUAAGUAUGAAACAAAUAACUUAUGGUACAAGCCUCAGUUUCUCUAAGAUGCCACUGUCACAAUGUGUUUCAGACUCUUGACAAGUCAAUUUUAUAUUUUAGUACUAACAUUUAGUUUAAACAAUUGUAUCUAAUUGUAAUUCUCUAGGGUGCCAGAGAUAGGUGUUCCUAAUAGGUUCUCUGUCCCAAAUCCUGUUUGUUUAACUGUAGCAUCUACACGGCGGGAUCUGCUCUGUGGCUAGUAGACAUCUAGCCUGCUUCAACUCUGCCACGGUACCAUUAGCUGCUCCAGCUGAUUUACUCUGUCUUAGGUUAUGGAGCUUCCUGAAGAGAUCAGUGAGUGACCACAGUUAUUGGGGAGGAGCCAGAAGUCACGGCUGAGAACUUCAGGAGCUAAUAGAGUGCUACGGUGACACUCCAACUUAGAAUGAGAGUUGCAGAAUUUGGAGUAUCGGGUUAUACUUGAUGGGGGGGGGGGACUGCCCAAGAAAAGAGGAGUCUUGAAAAUACACUGGCAGGGGAGAUACUCAUAAAGGGGGUACACUGAGCUAAUAAUUCCAGCUCUUGAUGAGUGCUGGAAUGUGUUUUAAAGGGGAAAAGAAAGAGUCCUAAUUUUAGAAAGUAGUCCACAGAUUCACGCUCCCAUAUUAUAAAGCUGCAUAAAUUUACAAGUCAUAGCUAUACCUACCAAAAAAAAAAAAAAAAAAAAAAAAAAAAAA